AACCUUGGCACGGGAAUCAUCAGCUUCUAGGGACCAAACUUCUGUAAAUAUUAAUAAUUAUUCACAUCAGAGUUCAAACGUUGACGUUGAAAACAUGGAUAUUUCAUUUGGGAAGGACUUGAUUCAGCCCACAGAAUCAACAGAUGAACAAAACAAGAUUGAUAAAUCUCCUUUACGUCUUUUUAAGAAAAGGUUUUAUCAAAACCUUUUACCUUCUCAUAAUUUAGAUGUAAGAUCAAGUACCAUUCCAGUAGCUAAUGAAAAUAAACAAUCCAAUGCUAAGCAAAUCAAUGUAGAUAAUUUAUUGUCUACCGAUGGCUCUGAUCCGUCUGCCUUCAGAACUGUUUCGGAUCCUCAACAUUUAAAUCUCAAUGAAACAAAACCGGAUUUACCGUUAGAGAAUGUUUGGGAUGUUCUUAUUGAUCCUCAAACAACAGAUAAAGUGCCCGCUAGAUUAAUAAGCAUAUGUAAACUUAAAAAACUAAGAGAGCUUAGAGCUAAUAAUAAUUUAUUGGCAUCACUUACUGCAGACAUUUCAAAAUUGUCUAAAUUACGUUUAUUAUAUUUAGACAAUAACCAACUCACAAGUCUACCUGAUUCUAUUGGCAAAUUGAAAUCUUUAUGUGUACUACGUCUAAAUAAUAAUAAUAUAGAGUCUCUACCGUCAGCAAUAUGCUCUUUACGUCAAUUAAAAGUUCUAGAGUUGAGAGCAAAUUUAUUAACACAGUUACCAGAAAAUAUUAAAGAAUUGGAAAGUCUAGCCAAAUUAGAUGUUUCCAACAAUAGAUUAACAUCACUUCCAAAUGACAUU